CAUUGAUACCUCGUGGAAGCCUCAUUGUCUCUGAAACUAAUUACCCUAUUUUCAGAAUUACAUUCUCUUCUUAUAAUAACUUGUCUUUUUUCUCUUUCCACCGUCCCCUUCACUUUUCAAGAGGUCAUUUGGGAGUGCAUUGUUUGUCUCUGCAUUUGUAGGAUGAGACGUUAAAUUCUCCUGAAUACCAAGCAGAAGCGACAAUCAAAAAACUAAACACAAUGUCUUUGUCGGGACCCCUAUCUCCCAGGCCAGCUCUUGACAAGAUUGACCGCGUUGGAUCAUUGAAGAAGAAGCUGAGGGAUUCCCUCACUAGGAGGAGUAGGAGAAGUAGUAGCAAGGUUAUGUCAGUUGAAAUUGAGGAUGUUCGCGAUGCUGAUGAUUUGAAGGCUGUUGAUGAAUUCCGUCAAGCUCUUGUGUUGGAUGAACUUCUCCCUGAGAAGCAUGAUGAUUAUCAUAUGUUGCUAAGAUUCCUGAGGGCAAGGAAAUUUGACAUUGAGAAAUCAAAGCAAAUGUGGUCUGACAUGCUUCAAUGGAGGAAGGAAUUUGGUGCUGACACCAUUGUUGAGGAUUUUGAAUUCAAGGAACUAGAGGAAGUGUUGCAAUAUUAUCCUCAUGGACAUCAUGGAGUAGAUAAAGAGGGAAGACCAGUUUACAUUGAGAGGUUGGGCCAAGUAGACGCCACCAAAUUGAUGCAAGUCACAACCAUGGAUCGCUAUAUCAAAUAUCAUGUCAAGGAGUUUGAGAAGACAUUUGAUCUCAAGUUUGCAGCUUGUUCUAUUGCUGCAAAGAAGCAUAUAGAUCAAAGUACCACCAUCUUAGAUGUGCAAGGAGUGGGGCUUAAGAGCUUCAACAAACAAGCCAGGGAACUUAUCAUGCGCCUUCAGAAGAUUGACGGUGACAAUUAUCCUGAAACCUUGAAUCGCAUGUUCAUCAUCAAUGCAGGUUCUGGAUUCAGAAUGUUGUGGAACACUGUUAAAUCCUUCCUUGAUCCAAAGACCACAGCAAAAAUCCAUGUUCUUAGCAACAAGUACGAAAGCAAAUUGCUUGAAAUAAUUGAUGCCAGUGAAUUGCCAGAGUUUUUAGGAGGUACUUGUACUUGUGCUGAGCAUGGCGGUUGCAUGCGUUCUGAUAAGGGUCCAUGGAAGGAUCAAGAAAUUUAUAGGAUGGUUCAGAACGGAGAGCACAAAUGCUCAAGUAAAUAUGAACCUCCUGUUGUGGAAGAGAAAACAACAACUUCUGAGGUAAGCGAGAGUUCCAAAAUGGAGGCAAUGCUCACCGCACAAUUCUCUAAAGUUUUUGCCGAGGCCGAUUCUUCAAAAGCUUGCAACUACGAAGAUUUUGUCCCUAUGGCUGAUAAAACUGCUUGGAAGAAGGUAGAAGAAAAUGAGACAUUUGCCGUAUCAAAAGCUGAAGUACAAAAUUUCACGAUGCCUGAUUCGUUCAAGAUUCACGAAAAAGUGAACUCACAGAUUUUCACUGGUGUGAUGGCCUUUGUGAUGGGCAUUGUUACCAUGGUGAGGAUGACACGAAACAUGCCGAAAAAGCUCACUGAUGCAAACUUCUACUCGAAUUCUGCUUACUCCUGUGGUGACUAUAAAGGCCAAGACCCUUGUGACCAAAUGACUAACCCUACCAUUUCUGCUCAAGAGUUCAUGACUGUGAUGAAGCGCAUGGCGGAGUUGGAAGAUAAAAUGGUCAACAUGAACCAAAUUACUUGCAUGCCACCUGAGAAGGAAGAAAUGCUUAAUGCUGCUAUAAGUCGUGCUGAUGCUCUUGAGCAAGAACUUAUGGCGACCAAGAAGGCUUUGGAGGAUUCACUUGCCCGACAAGAGGAGCUUUCAGAUUACAUCGAGAAAAAGAAAAAGAAGAAGAAGUUGUUUGCUUGGUGAGCUCCGAAUAAAAUUGGGGAUAAUUAUACUUUUGGCAUUCUAAAGACUUUCCGAAAAUUCCCUCACUCCUAAAUGUAAUUGUUCGAACUACGAACUAAUAAUAGAUGGACCAGAAAUUAUAUCAUCGUAAAAUACUCUGAAUAGGACUUGCUCUUGUUGUAUAUAAAAAACGCGAUGCACAUUGUAUGCAAAAGCUAGUUCUAUUUUGGACGUACUGUUUACGAAUGAAUAUAUUAUAGUAUAAAGUUAGAGUAUUUUUAUUCA